AUGUCCGCCGUCCGAUUCACCCGCGCUGCCACGCGCGCCACUGCGCAGCUUCGCGCUCCCCUCCAGCGCCGCUUCGCCAGCACCACCGAGAACGAGUUCAUCAAGGAGCGCCAGCACAUCAAGGAGCACGCUACCGGUACCACUGCGGUGUCGCCCCCUGCCUUAUCGCCGCUGGUGCCAACGCCUACUGGCUCUGGAACGAGCAUUGGGAGCACUGGAGCCACAUGCCUCCUCUGGAGGAGCGCACCGAGUACCCCUACCAGAACAUCCGUUCCAAGAACUACCAGUGGGGUAACGGAGACAAGCUGGAACGAUGAGGUCAACUACCACAACAAGGACAAGGCCUCUUAA